AUGCUGACGCGUGGUGGACAACUGCUGGAGGCUCGCGGACCCAUUGAGACGUCCUGGGCACCUGUGGCGGCGCUGUCGCCGGUGGGCCACCUGUCGCCGCUGCCCAGACCUCCGGACGAUCUGCAGGCUGUGUCCAUAGUUGCCGUCACUAAGACGGUGCGUUCAGCUAGCAUAGAACGUUACCAGCAUAAUGAGCUUGACGUACAUGAGGUGGAGGACGGGGAAUGGGGGAAGCAGAAUCCUUCGGGCAAGUGGAGCGGCGUGGUAGGGGAACUGGCGGACGGAAAGGUUCAGCUGGCGGUCUGCUCCCUCAUCAUCACCACAGACCGGCUGGACGUCAUUGAUUUCAGCACGCCUGUCUAUGAGACCAGAGAGUCCGUCUUCGUGCGGUGGCCAGACCCGGAAGGUGACAGCCUGCAAGCAUCGGUGACGAGGCUGGGCACGGUGUUCCAGGCGGAGGCGUGGGCGGCCGUGGGGGCGGCGCUGGCCGCCUCCUCAAUCUGCCUCUGCCUGCUGGGCCGGCCGAAGGACGCCGUACUCAGGGCUGUGGCAGCCCUCUGCAGCCAAGGGAUGCUUGUUGACGCUGCAGGAGGCGACGUGGGUGGCGGUGCGCGGCGGAGGGUGGUGGUGGCGGUGCUGGCGAUGCAUUUGUGCGGCAGCUGCCUGCUGGCCGCCUACUCUGGCCGGCUUACGGCGCUGCAGGCGGUGCGGCGGGUCAGACCACCCUUCAGGGGUCUGCAGGGGCUGCUGGACAGCCCGCAGUACACGCUGGGACUCAUCCGCGGAUCACGCCUAGACGCGCUUUUCUCGGUCUACGCCCAUAUUCCUACUGGGUUAUCAAGAGCGGGAAAUGCUAGUUGA